CGAAGUGACUGUUUUGGAUUUCCAAGUUGGAAAAUCUUAGUCCAAAGUUGCUCUUAUAGGGAAAACCGCCGCGGAACCCGGACGACUUUCAUGCUUAAGGUGCCCAUCAAACCUCCUCCUUUGGAUACAACUUACAAGAAACAACAACAAUGACAACGAUCAGCGAAAACCGUAAAAAACCGACAGACUUUUCUAUCGCUCGGAUCAUGAUGAAGGACGAACCUCGCCCAACAGCAUUCAAAGAAUACAUACCGACCGCGUUUAAACCGGCUGCGAUUUCGCCCAUGCCUUAUUUGCUGUCGUAUUCUGCAGCUAUAUUCCAACGACCCGAUGUCGGUAUCAAACAACACCAGCCAUCUGCAAUCUCCUCUUCCGCUGGUCUAGGAAAAGACACCAGCCAAGGUCCUAGCGCCUCCAAGGUAUUCACGUGUCCGCAUUGUGGCAAACACUUUCAGGCUCACUACAAUUUGACACGUCACAUGCCAGUCCAUACGGGGGCCCGGCCGUUUAUAUGUAAGAUAUGCGGCAAAGGGUUUAGGCAAGCCAGCACGCUGUGCAGACACAAGAUCAUACACACACAGGACAGGCCUCACCAUUGCGGAGUAUGUGGUAAAUCGUUUAACCGGAGCUCCACGUUGAACACACACACAAGAAUCCACACUGGCAUAAAACCUUACCGUUGCGAGGUGUGCGACCGGCGGUUCCACCAGAAAGGCAACUACUUAAAUCACACGUUGACUCACAACAGCAUCAAACAGUACAGAUGCUCGGUAUGCGGUAAAUCGUUUCACCAGAUUUACAAUUUGACGUUCCACAUGCACACUCACCGGGAAAAAAAACCGUUCCAGUGUACGGUAUGCAAUAAGGGAUUCUGUCGGAAUUUCGAUCUGAAGAAGCACAAGCGCAAACUUCAUCCGGACGAGGACGAGAUCCGUCAUCGAGCCGUGUCCUCGUCACGUCAACAGUUGUAGUGUAUAGAUGUUACUAUUAUGUUUCGGCGACGACAACAAUCAAUAAAUAUUAAAAUUAACAAUAAUACGCUUACCUACCUAACUUAGCAAGCCGA